UCUCUCACACCAAAUCAAUUUCUCAUUUGUUAAUUACCAACAAAAUUUUCUAAUUGUCCCCAAAAUUUAAAAAUCAUUUUAAUUCGGACUUAAAUAUAAGUAUAACACCACCACCCUCAUAUAUCAUCUACGUUCCUUCUCCUCUCUCUCUCUCAGAAAGCUCUUAUGGCCUCUCUUCAUUUUCUUGUUGAAGCACUACUAAGUUUCUUCAUUUUCUUGCAACCCAAACAUUGCUUAUCUUCAAAGCAAGAAUCUUUGAUAUUGCCUCUCAAAACCCAGAACCAUCUUCAUUUCUCCCUCUCAAGACACUUCACCACAACCACCACCUCCUCCGCCACCAACAAGCUCCUUUUCCACCAUAAUGUUUCUCUCACAGUCUCCCUCACCGUUGGUUCGCCUCCACAGAAUGUUACCAUGGUCCUUGACACCGGCAGCGAGCUUUCUUGGCUUCACUGCAAGAAAUCGCAAGACUUGAACUCCAUUUUUAAUCCUCUCGCCUCUAAAACUUACAUUAAAGUUCCAUGCUCUUCUCCUACCUGCAGGACCAGAACCCGUGACCUUACCUUACCCGUUUCCUGUGACGCUGCUAAGCUCUGCCACGUCAUCAUCUCCUACGCCGAUGCUUCCUCCAUUGAAGGAAACCUCGCGUUUGAAACAUUCAGAAUCGGUUCUUCCGAUCAGCCAGCGACAAUCUUUGGCUGCAUGGACGCUGGUUUCAGUUCAAAUACAGAGGAAGACGCCAAGACAACCGGCUUAAUGGGCAUGAACCGUGGAUCAUUAUCAUUCGUCAACCAAAUGGGGUAUCGGAAAUUCUCUUAUUGCAUAUCGGGUAUGGACUCGUCCGGCGUUUUGCUUCUCGGAGAUGCCAGUUUCUCUUGGCUUAAACCAUUAAGCUACACUCCUUUAGUUCAAAUCUCAACCCCAUUACCGUAUUUCGAUCGAGUCGCUUACUCGGUCCAACUCGAAGGUAUAAAAGUAAGCAACAAAGUCUUAUCACUACCGAAAUCGGUUUUUGUACCGGACCACACCGGAGCAGGACAAACCAUGGUCGACUCCGGCACCCAGUUCACAUUCUUGUUGGGUCCGGUUUACACAGCUUUAAAGAACGAAUUUUUAUCACAAACCAGAGGGAUUUUGAGAGUUUUAAACGAUCAAAAUUUCAUAUUCCAAGGAGCAAUGGACUUGUGUUAUUUAAUAGAAUCGUCUCGUCGGAGAUUGCCCACAUUGCCGACUGUAAGUUUGAUAUUUGAGGGCGCGGAAAUGAGCGUAUCGGGGGAGAGAUUGUUGUAUCGGGUAGAGGGAGAGAUGAGGGGGAAGGAUUCAGUGUGGUGCUUUACAUUUGGGAACUCAGAUUUGAUGGGAAUUGAGGCAUUUGUGAUUGGAAAUCAUCAUCAACAAGAUGUUUGGAUGGAGUUUGAUCUUGAAAAAUCUAGGAUCGGACUUGCUGAAGUUAGAUGUGAUGUUGCUGGUCAAACUCUCGGCUUGCACAAGUAAUUUUUGAAAAAAAAAUAUAGAUGUAUACAUUGGUAUGAAAAAUUGGUGGGGCCAAAGUGUACAUGUUGUGAAAAAUUAAUAGACUAGGACAUUUUGAUACUGAAAUUUGAGAAAGCUUGGUUUAAUUCUUUUUUUUUAUUUUUACCAGCACUAA